AUGCCUAAGAAUUAUGUUCAUCUUGAAAAUAAUCAACGGAUAUCGAUCAAACGUUCAUCAUCAACUCAAUCAUCCACUGAACUCGAUAAAACAAAAUCUGGAUCAACUGCCAAACGUUAUAAGUUGACUUUAAUAUGCGAUGUUUGUGAUGCCGAUGCCCAUGGUUAUAGUUUUGAUGCUAUAACAUGUCAAUCAUGUAAAGCAUUUUUCCGGCGAAAUGCCUUACGACCACAAAAGCGGAAAUGUCGUCGUAAUGAUGCUCAUUGUGAUGUGGGAUUUAAUAUUAAAAAGCGAUGUAAAAGAUGUCGUCUUGAGAAAUGUAUUGAAACAGGAAUGCGAAAAAAAUGGAUUCUAACGGAUAACGAAAGAGAAGAAAAACGUGUUAAAAUUGAAGAAAACCGUUGUCUCAAACAAAUUCAAGAUAAUUAUCACUCGUAUAAAAAUCACUUAAAAAUUGACGAUCAUCUAUCUCUAGAUGUAUCAUCAUUAUCUAAUAAGCAAUCAUAUUUAGAUGAAUUUGACUGGUUAAGAAUUCGAGUUAUUCAAGAUUAUUAUACAGAAGCUGUAAAAUUAAAUGAAAUAACUGGUGUAUCAUCAAAUCUUUCAACACAAUCAAUUAAAUCAACAUUAGAAUUAUUUCAUAUGCCAAUUUAUAUAACAUCAAUGCGUCUUAUUAGUUAUAUAAAACAAGUAGAUGAAUUUCGACAAUUAAAACAAGAAGAUCAAGUUUAUUUAGUUAAACUAAAUUUAUUAUCACUUUGUUUUUUUCAUUCAAUAUUUAUUUAUGAUCCAAGAACAGAUCUUUAUUAUGAACCGAAUACAAAAGAUUUAGUUUUUUCUGGAAAAGAUUGGAGUAGAACAUUAAACAAACAGUUUCAUCUUGAAAUGAAACAAUUACGAAAUGAUAUAAUUGAUAUAUUUCAAUUAGAUGAUGUUAUUAUAAAAUUAUUUCUUUUAAUUUUUAUUUUUUCAAAUCAAAACUCAUUAAAUCAAUCAUUUGAAUGUGUAUUAAUAAAUAUUAAUGUAUUAGAUAUAUUCAAAGCACAAAAUAUCUUUAUUGAUUUAGCAUAUAAAUAUUGUCUUGAUCGAUAUGGAUUUCAAAAAACAUCAAUUUUGUUUUCCAAAUAUAUUUAUAAAAUCAUGAAGAUACAACAAUUAGUUGAUGAAGUUAAAUAUACAAUAGAUAAUUAUAUAGAUAGAAGACAAUUAACAUCAUUAAUGCAAUGUCUUCUUACAUGA